CACCACCAGAUACUCCCCACUUCUAUAUAAAAUUCCGUUCCUACUCAUUUCCUUGUGUCUUCAUAUGAGAUUUUGAGUUAUGGAGGUAGCUUCGUCGGCCUGUAAUGGUGACUGUAGCAGUAGUAAACAAAGCAGGGCCAGCAGGCAAGAGCCUAACUUGAUGGACAAAGAUGGAGGGGCACUGAUGAUCCACCCCUCCCUCCAACUCGAAUUGAAGAUCUCAUGGCUUGCCGAGACCGACUUAGAAGGGAAUAUUGAUGAAGCCAAAUCUCGACGAGGCCUCAAUGUGAAGGAGGCCACUAGAGAUGCAGAUGAUACUUGUGAUGAUAUGAAGCCCUCAUCUUCAACUUCUCACAGCAUGACUGCAGAGAGAGGUUUCGAGCAAUGUCGUAAUGGUGGUAAAGGUGAGGGAGGCAAAGGUGGAAAGAAGCUAAGGCUAUCCAAAGAACAGUCUUCUUAUCUGGAAGAGAGGUUUAAGGAGCACACCACCCUCAAUCCGAAACAAAAGCUUGCAAUAGCUAGGAGGCUAAAUCUCCGGCCUCGGCAAGUAGAAGUGUGGUUUCAAAACCGAAGAGCCCGAACAAAGCUCAAGCAGACUGAGGUGGACUAUGAAUACUUGAAACAAUGGCGUGAGUAUCUAACCGAAGAGAACCGAAGGCUCCAUAAGGAGAUUCAGGAGCUCAAAUCUUUCGAAUCUCCAAUCCAAAAUGUUUAUCACUUCAUGCAACCGACGAUGCUAACUAUCUGCCCUUCAUGUCAGCAUGCUAUCGGUCUUCAGAAAAAUUGGUAGCUUCGAUGACAGACAAGUACCAUAGACUGGCCUGUUAGGGUUUAUAAUUGGUUUGCAACAAGUUAGAAUCACGGAAUUUAGGAGUUUUAGAUUUAGGGAAGUGUUAAGUGGCUUGGAGAAGGCUUGUUAUAGCAGUUCCUCUGUUGUAAUUAUUAUUAUGAAGAGCAACUUUUGAUUAGAGUACAGGAGGCUGAGCAAGGCCCCAUGGCUGUUGUCAUUGGCUUUAGGUGCAAUUUGACGAGCCCUGCUUGGAAUGAUCAGGCUCGGUGGUGGUGGGCCGAGUCAUUCCUCUAGCCAAGCUUGGACCGACCAGCUUUUAACAUGGAUAAAUUUUAAUACAAUUUAUAUUAUAUUUGUAGCAAUGUAUAAAGAUAUUUCACAAAUG